GGAUAUUCUACCAGCGACGCUUACGACACUGCCUGAAGCAGUAUUGUACGCAGUACCUGCAAUGCUGCUCCAGUCUACAACGAUUACAUUGUAGUCUCCAGCGGUCAGAUAGGCUGUAAAAUGAGACUGUCAUUUCCUCCUUCACGUGAUUUCGAUUGAGAUCUGAUGGUUGAUAAAAAGAAUUAACACUACCAUUAUAUACUUGGAUGAUUGAUUCAUAUGCCAUCAAUUUAUCAAUGUAUUCCUGACAGCCCUUGUAGUUCUUCAGGCAGAAUUCAUCAUGACACUUGAAGUGGCGAAUGAAAUAUUCCGCACAAACAAUCACUUGUGCAGAUUUUCAAAUGAUGGAAGAUUUCUGGCAUUCGCAUUUCAGGGCAAUUUAGUGAUAAAAAAUACCGGAACCUUUGACACAUUUCUCUCGUUUCCAUUCGUCGAUAUCAUAGAGUACAUCGAGUGGUCUCCAGAUAGUGAGUACAUUUUAUGUGCCACCUUCAAAAAAGCCAUUAUUCAAGUAUUUUCAAUCUGCUAUCCGGACUGGAGAUGCAAGCUAACGGAAGGUAGCGUCGGUCUAGAACAGGUCACCUGGGCACCGGACAGUCGGCAUAUUAUUACUACUGGAGAUUUUAAUAUACAAAUAUCGAUAUGGUCCUUGGAGAGUAGAUCUGUUACUUAUAUACAGAACAUCAAGUCGUCAUUCAGCAAAGUUCUGAAUUUCAGUGGUGACGGAAAGAGGUUGGCCCUUGUUUUGAAUAACGGAGAGAGUAAUGUUGCUCUAUACAAAACAAAAAAUUGGAAAAUAAGCAGGAAAUUGAUAUGCGAGCGUUUGAAAAGUAUCGACGGCAUAUCAUGGUCCCCGAAUAGCGAUUUACUGUGCAUUUGGUCCUCUGACAUGAUUGAUUCUAAGUUAUUGAUAUUUUCAACCGCAUCGGAGAGUCUUGUCGGUUCAUAUGUGCCUGACGAAGAAACUAAAGAUUGUGAAUACACCAAGAAUGAAUUUUCCAGAAAGCUGAAGGGCAUUAACAGGGUCAAAUGGAUCACCGGUGGACAAUUAUUAGCUGUUGUAGGACACGGCGAACUGAUUGUUUUGUUGAAUUAUUUGACCUGGAAGCCCUUGUUGUCGCUUUACCACGACCCAAUAAUACGAGAGAAUAACUAUCGUACUAAAGUGUUCAAAGAAUGUGUAAUGCAAGUCAAGGAUUCUAACAAGCAACCUUCACUGCACAAUCGGCACAUCAUGGAAGAGGUGAACGCACGACCUAUAAGUCUUCCGGUAGUGAAAAGAGACUUAAUUAGCGGGAAUUCAGUGCCUGAAAUAGAUAUUCUUGAGUUCAGCGCUUGCGGCAGAUACUUGGCGACAAGACAUCAGUUGUAUCCCACAACAUUGUGGAUCUGGAACAUACUGUCGGACACCAUUGACUAUCUCAUAUUGCAGAAUAUGAUAACUAGUGUACUAUGGAGUCCGACAGGUACUAGUUUACUGGCAUUUACCGAAACCUCAAACAUUUUCGAAUGGUCGCCCGAUUAUGCCGCUUGUGUACCAACGCCUAAAAGAAUCUCAGUUGCCGACGCUCGAUGGCAUCCACACGGCAAAAUUGCAGUUCUAUGCGGUUAUAACAAGGCGGUCAUCUAUUUCGGGCAAUCUUGCGAUUGAUUUUAGUACUGCAUUCCAUUUUAUUCAUUACUUGACAUCUAUUGUUUGUUUAUAAUUUCGUAAAAAAUUUCUAUCUAAAAAGUU